UCGAUCACUAUGAGCGGCAGGCUCAUCUCCGCACGCCUCGCCACGCUCGCGCGCCGAACAGCUACGAACACGCCACGCCGGCUCUUCUUCAACGCGUCGACGACGCUCCCCGCCGGCGGACUCUUGCGCACCGAUGCGGGGCUCCGGCUUAUAAAUCGGAGGGCGUGGCCGUUGGGGAGCUAUGCGCUGCAUAAUGUGCCUGCUGCGAGGUCGAUAUCUUUUGCGAGGGCGAUACCGAAACUUGUAGGGAAGUUCGCGACGGUGGGGGCGGCUGCGGGAGGCGCUGUUCUUGCGGGGGCGUCGUAUUUGCAGUAUCAAGCUGGACAGGCGGGAAGCUGGGCUGUUGAUGUGUUUAAUCGGACCAAGGACGGCGCGACUGGCGUAGCGACCGGAGCGCUCGAUACUGCAACCGGCAUCUUCGACCAGAUUGGACGCGGGUGGGACAAUACUAAGGAGAAUCUGGACAAAGUGGAGAAACCAGAAUGGCUGCAGCAAUUGCUGACCAAAGAUGCGUCGGGAGGCUCAGGGGGCGGCCAUGGUGGAGGGCAAGGUCCCGAAGAGCCUAAGAAGAGCGGCGCCGGUGCUGCAGCGGCCGGCGCGACGACGGCGGCAGCUUUUGGCUAUGCUCAAGAGGAGGACGAGGACAAGGCCGAGGCGGAGAGGAUCGCGCGGGAUGAGCAGAUGAUGAUGCUCACGAAGAAGAUGAUCGAGAUACGGGGCCUGCUGCAGACCGUCGGACAGUCGGAGUCGCUCACACUACCGUCCAUCGUGGUCAUUGGCUCACAGUCCUCUGGGAAGAGCUCAGUGCUCGAGGCAAUUGUUGGACAUGAAUUUCUUCCCAAGGGUCACAACAUGGUAACGCGCCGGCCGAUCGAACUCACGCUUGUCCACACGCCUGAGGCGCACGCCGAGUACGGAGAGUUCCCCGCGCUAGGGCUAGGAAAGAUCACAGACUUCAGCCAGAUACAGAAGACGCUGACAGACUUGAAUUUGGCUGUGCCGGCGAAGGACUGCGUCUCGGAUGACCCCAUCCAGCUGCGGAUACAUUCUCCUAAUGUGCCGGAUCUAUCGUUGAUUGAUCUACCGGGGUACAUUCAGGUCACUGGACGAGACCAGCCUACGGAGCUGAAAGAGAAGAUUGCGGACCUGUGUGAGAAGUAUAUCAAGGCCCCGAACGUCAUCUUGGCGAUAUCUGCCGCCGAUGUGGAUUUAGCAAACAGCACCGCGCUGCGAGCAUCAAGAAAGGUCGAUCCAAGGGGCGAGAGGACUAUCGGCGUCAUUACGAAGAUGGAUCUUGUAGAUCCGGAGCGAGGCGCGAGUCUUCUCACCGACAAGAAGUACGCACUUCGGCUAGGCUACGUUGGUGUCGUCUGCCGCGUGCCAUCCACCACAACCGGACCCAAGCUCUUCCACCGCGGUAGUGGCAAUAUCACCAGUGCCAUUGCCAAGAACGAGAAUGCUUACUUCGGGUCACACCCAGAGUUCGCCCCUGAAUCGCAGCUCGCCGUCGGCACCCCAAAUCUAAAGAAGAAACUCAUGCACGUGCUUGAGCAGACGAUGGCAGCUAGCCUCAAAACUACCAGCGAGGCGAUCCAGCGAGAACUCGCGGACGCUACAUACGAGUACAAGGUGCAAUACAACGAGCGACCACUAAGCGCAGAAUCAUAUCUAGCAGAAUCACUGGAUGCAUUCAAGCACUCUUUCCGGAGCUUCUCUGACCAAUUCGGUCGGCAACAAGUGCGCGAGCUCCUGAAGCAUGAGCUCGACCAGCAAGUCCUAAACCUGCUCGCACAACGGUACUGGAACAGGCCACUCGAAGACCUUAGCGUUCCCCUCCCAGAGACCGAUCCCCUUAGCAGCCUCGCAAAAGCCGACCCAGAAGGCGAGAACCAGAUCUGGCAAAUCAAGCUUGACAGCUCCAGCGCGGCACUCACAAAACUCGGCGUCGGAAGAUUGGCAACAAGCGUAGUCGCCAACGCCCUCCAAGCCCACAUCGACCACCUAAUUCAAAACUCCCGAUUCGCCGCUCACCCCUUCGCACGCCAAGCUAUCACCGAAGCCUCCACCUCCAUACUUAAAGACCUCUCGUACGAUAUCUCAGACGAGCUCGAGAUCUGCAUAAAACCGUAUAAGUAUCGGAUUGACGUGGAAGAUAAUGAGUGGGCGAAGGGCCGAGAAAACGUAACCAAUGUCCUUAAAGAGGAACUCAAAGUGUGCGAGGCAGCAGCUAAGAGAAUGGAAGAGCAGAUGGGUGGAAGGAAGAAAGUCAGGGAUGUGAUGGCUUUUAUCGACCGCGUUCGAAGUGGACAGGUAGUGCUGGAAGGUGAUGGCGUUGGCGGCGCCGGGGGGUUCAGCUCUGCUCUACUAGCCAAAGGAAGAGAAGCAGUCUUCCUCCGCGACCGCCUCGACGUCCUCAAAAUGCGUCUCCUCGCCGUCAAAUCGAAACAAUGCGCCAACAAGAAGAAUAAGUACCACUGCCCAGAAGUCUUCCUCGACGCCGUCGCCGACAAACUCACCACAACCGCCGAUCUCUUCCUGGAUGCCGAACUCCUCUCCAAAUUUUACUACAUCUUCCCCCGCGAACUAGACGCUCGUCUAGGCCGCGGCCUCUCCCAAGCAGAAAUCGACCGCUUCGCGCGCGAAGACCCCAAGAUCCGCCGCCACCUGGACGUCGUACGCCGCAAGGACCUUCUCGAGCACGUGCUGAAAGAAAUGGAAAGCCUACGCCAGCUGGAAGCAAGGGAGAAGAGGUACUCGCGGAGAGAAGAAGGAAGGGAGAGGCGGAAAGGAGGGUGGAGCCUCUUCUAGGCCCAUGCCAUGAGAACGAGUCGAGACUCCCUUGGAUAUUGAAUUUGCAAUUGCAACGGCGUUGGGUGGUUGAUGGAAGAUACCAUGAUGAAUCGACCAGGCCGCGGACUUGGACUUAUCGCAGCUCUGUACGCAUAGAUUACUGUACAAUGACCACUCAUGAAAUAUUCUUCGUCAUGAUAGGAAUGCCAACAAGUAUAUAUGCUCGUU